AUGGCGAAAGCUAAUCCAAAGAACGAGGUGUCUGCUAAGCCAAAGUUCCAACAAACAAGACUAUGCUUUGCUCCAGUGUCAUCGCCUUCAACAAUCGCUAAGAAGAAAGACAAUUAUGCAGAGAAACUGGAACGAGAAAUUCUCGAUUUGAAGAUUACCAUCAACCAAGAGCUAAAUGAGCAUGAGGAUCUUUGUAAAAAAUGUGAUAUGUCAAGGCCAAGGAUUCAUUGUACAGCACUAAAGUCAAACUCUACUGAGCCUUGCACAUAUAGUUUCUGUGAUGCCUGUGUCAAGGAAUGGGCAAGUGAGGAUAUGAAUUGGAUCGAGAAUAAUGAUGCAGAUUAUGUGUGUCGAAAUGGAGACACAGUGCAACAUAGGCCAGAUGUAUCAAGUUUCAAAUGGGCAUGUCUCGUGUGUAGAGGGUUAUGCAGAUGCGGAUACUGUUCAAAGCAGCCCGUGCCAAAGAAAAAGGGAUCGAAACUGCUAUUCAACAUGGCGCCGUUCAAGCCGAUCAAUCCACCAAAGCUUGAGCAACUGGAACUGUUAUAUUCUGAAGAAGAGAUCUGGAUGCGCUUACAAAUUCGCGAGUUUGUUUUUCGAUUUGGAGAGUUAUAUGGACUGGAUGAUCGAGUGCUAACCAACUUGCAAAACGUUCAAGGCGAUUGGAAGAUCAAAAGGCUGGGCGCUUAUUUAGUAUACCAUUGUCUGUAUAUCAUGAGUCAAUCAACAGAAUAUGAAGCACCACUUUCACCGCUAACAGAAGAGACAAUACCACAAAAAGCCAAAGCUAUACUAGACGGAUGGAUCAAGGAAAAAAAACUCGCUGCAUAUUACCUGGACAACGAGUCGAGAAACCAAGCACUCAUGUGUACCUUGACAACAGAGGGCAUGACAUGCAGAAGAUGGCAGGAUGUAGCUGAGCUACUUGCAUUAGCCGAGCAUGAAGACAUUCCCAUCCCCACAUAUCCAUUGAAAAAGCCAAGCGUUGAAAACGAGGACGACCAAGAAUACGAUGCUAUGGACAUAGACGAAGAGGAAGAACUAUUGAAUGAAAUUGAGAGGUAUCGCAAACCGGUUCGUAAUACAGCGCUCUUACCAGCACAAACGGAACUCAAGUUGGUCUACAUGUUACUUGAAUUGCUUUUAUAUCAUACCCAAAUUCGACAAUCAUUGAAUGUGCCCAACCAUGGAGGUUCAGCCAACAAGGAAGUGCGUGAUAUGGUGCUUGAACUCAAAAAGCACAUGAAAGAAUACAACGUGGAAGCAACUCAAAAUAAAAGCAAGCGAUACAAAUUGACGACUCGUAUCAGUCAACUCAUGGCUGUGCGUGGCAAAAGGGAAGAGCUGAAAAAUGCACAGAUCGAGCUAGAUGAACUGGAUAUGUUGAUCCGGGAUGAACGCAUUGAUUUAGAGACGAAAAAGAUUCAACUGGAUGUAGCCAGUGCUAAAUCACAGAAGCGAAUGGAACCCGCAGGUGUCGAUAUGCUAGGCAAUGAAUACUGGAUCUUCAAUGAUCUGUUGGAUCACUUGAGCCAUGCUUCUGAUUAUCGAAACAGCGAACAAUGCUGGGCGUAUGGUAUUGUGAUCAUUGGUCCAGGCUUCCUUCAUCCUGAAGAUCAUGAUGUUCAAUGGUGGUAUAUUAAAGGAACCCAAAACAUGAGCCACCUGGUCAAGUGGCUUCAACAACAAACAGACGAAAAGGGCACUGGUGACCUUGUAAAGAAAAUCAAGGGAAGAAUCGACCAUCUCGCUGCAUUGGAAUGUGUUGUCUAUGGUGAAGGCUUCUUUUCAGUGUAA